CCACAUGGCUGGUUGCCGCCCAGCCUCGCCCCGUGCUGAGUGGGUCCCUGCCCUCCGCGUUCCUUAUGCUUUCCCCUACUCUUCACCCCUUUCUUUUCUUCUGCCCCUCUGCCCCAGUAAGCCCGCUGUGCUGAGCACCAUGUCCUCACCUGGCUUACCCUCCAUUCUCAUGUUCACUGUUCCCUUUGGCCGCUGCGCUGCUUCACAUCACCCAUCUUUUCCUGAUCUUCACACUUGCAUUCGUAAUCUUCUUGCUUAAUAAGUGGCCAGUUAUCUGUCGCCCACCCCUUUCUUCUCCAUCUGAGAAGAAUCACCUUAGGUUGUGUUCACUGAGCACUGUUGAUCUGCUAAGUGCCGUUCUGCAUGCAGAACGUACAUGCUCUGACUAAGCUGCUGCAACGUCAUGAAGUAGGUCUGACAGUUAUUACCAUCUUGCAGAGGAGGAAACGGGCUCAGAGGUGGUCAGGAUGGUGGGGGAGCGGCGUGCGGGGGACCUCAUGGUGCCCUUAGGGCCCCAGCUGCAGGCAUAUCCUGAAGAGCUCAUUCGACAGCGACCUGGGCAUGAUGGGCGUCCUGAAUAUCUGAUCCGAUGGAGUGUCCUGAAAUGCGGGGAAGCUGACAAAGUGGGCGUGGAGGAAGGCAAGGCAGAGCACAUCCUCAUGUGGCUGUCGGCCUCCGAGGUCUAUGCCAACUGCCCUAUGCUGUUAGGGGAACGGGCCUUAUCUAAGGGACCGCAGCACGAGCCGGCUGGGGGCCCAGGAAGCUUUCCCCGUGAUCCAGGAGGCCUGGAUGAAGUGGCAAUGGGAGAGAUGGAGGCUGAUGUGCGUGCGCUGGUACGCAGGGCUGCCAGGCAGCUGGCAGAAGGUGGGACCUCGAGCCCCACAGCUGCGGUACUCCACACCAUCCAUGUGCUCAGUGCCUACGCCAGCAUCGGGCCCCUCACGGGGGUCUUCAGGGAGACAGGAGCCCUGGACCUGCUCAUGCACAUGCUGUGCAAUCCGGAGCCUCAGAUCCGUCGGAGUGCGGGCAAGAUGCUGCAGGCUCUGGCAGCUCAUGACGCUGGGAGUCGGGCUCACGUCCUUCUGUCACUGAGCCAGCAAGAUGGCAUCGAGCAGCACAUGGACUUCGACAGCUGCUAUACUUUGCUGGAGCUGUUUGCAGAGACCACGUCCUCCGAAGAGCACUGCAUGGCCUUUGAGGGCAUUCACCUGCCUCAGAUCCCAGGAAAGCUGCUCUUCUCCCUGGUGAAGCGCUACCUGUGUGUCACUUCCCUGCUAGAUCAGCUGAAUAACAGUCCAGAGCCAGGAGCUGGAGACCAGAGUUCCCCGAGUCCCGCGAGGGAGAAAAGCCGGGGAGAGAGGGAGCUGGAGUUCAGCAUGGCUGUGGGCAACCUCAUUUCAGAGCUGGUGCGGAGCAUGGGCUGGGCCCGGAACCUCAGCGGACAGGGCACAUUGCCACCCCGGCCAACCCGGUCCAUCUUUCAGCCCUGCGUUACAGGCCCUAGCCUUGUACUCCCCACCAUUGUCACCACCCCCAGAAGGCAAGGGUGGGCCUUCCGCCAGCGCUCUGAAUUCUCUAGUCGUAGUGGCUAUGGUGAGUACGUGCAGCAGACACUGCAGCCAGGGAUGCGAGUGCGGAUGCUGGACGAUUACGAGGAGAUCAGUGCUGGGGAUGAGGGCGAGUUCCGGCAGAGCAACAAUGGCGUGCCCCCUGUGCAGGUCUUCUGGCAGUCAACAAGCCGUACCUACUGGGUGCACUGGUACAUGCUGGAGAUCCUGGGCCCUGAGGAGGCUCCUGAGGACACUGCUGCAGCAGCUGUAGAGAAGGGGGCAGGGACUACCGUGGUGGACACAGCACUUCCCUCCUGGGACUGGAAGUCUGUGGAUGGGCUCUACUCUCUGCCGUACCUCCAGCCCGAGCCUCAGAAGAAUGAGAAAUUGGGACACCUGACCCAGGCUGAGUGGUGGGAACUGCUUUUCUUUAUUAAGAAGUUGGACUUAAGUGAGCAGCAGCCAAUUAUUCAGAAUCUUCGGGAGAACCCGGAUGAGGCCCUGGGAGAGAAAGCCCUUGGUGAGAUCUCUGUGUCCGUAGAGACGGCUGAGAGUCUGCUGCGGGUCCUCAGUAGUCGGUUCGAGGGCAGCACCCUCAGUGACCUGCUCAGCUCCCAGAUCUACACCAAGUACAGGCUGCCUCCUGAGGGCCCAAGCAGCUCGUCUUCUCGAAGUCGCUGCUAUUCCCCAGAUCCAGGAGAGUGCAAGUCGGAGGCCACAUCCUCAGAGGAAGACACUGAGUCCCCCAAAGCAAAGGCCGAGUCCCCCGAGGGGGAGGCAGAGCCUGCUGAGGCAAAGACUGAGCCCCCCAUGGCACAGAGUGAUUCGCAGCUGUUUAACCAGCUUCUGGUGUCUGAGGGGGUGGUUCUGUCCCCGGAGACAAAGGAGGCAGCCAGUGAAAUGGCGAGAGCCUUGCGGGGCCCUGGACCACGCAGCUCCCUGGAUCAGCAUGUGGCAGCGGUUGUGGCCACUGUGCAGAUAUCCAGCCUGGACACACACCUGCAGCUUUCGGGGCUCUCCGCCCUCUCUCAGGCCGUGGAGGAGGUCACUGAGCGGGACCACCCUCUGCUCUAUCCUGACAGAUCACUGAGAGAAAAGCUAGUGAAGACCUUGGUGGAGCUGCUGACCAACCAGGUGGGAGAGAAGAUGGUGGUGGUCCUGGCCCUGCGCCUCCUUUACCUGCUCCUGACCAAGCACGAAUGGCGCCCACUCUUUGCCAGGGAGGGUGGCAUCUAUGCUGUGCUGGUUUGCAUGCAAGAACAUAAGACUUCCGUCUUGGUGCAGCAGGCAGGGCUGGCGGCAUUGAAGAUGCUGGCCAUUGCCGGCUCCUCAGAGAUCCCCACCUUUGUGACUGGCCGAGAUUCUGUCCACCCUUUGUUUGAUGCCCAGAUGACCAGAGAGAUCUUCGCCAGCAUCGACUCAGCCACACGCCCAGGCUCUGAGAGCCUGCUCCUCACCGUCCCUGCAGCUGUGGUCCUGAUGCUGAAUACCGAGGGGUGCUGCUCUGCAGUGAGAAAUGGCCUGCUCCUGCUCAGCCUGCUUUUGUGCAACCACCACACUCUGGGAGAGCAGAUUGUGACCCAAGAGCUGAGAGACACCUUGUUGAGGCACUCGGGGAUCGCGCCGGGGACAGAACCUGUGCCUACCACACGUACCAUCCUUACGAUGCUCCUUAAUCGCUACUCAGAGCCCCCAGGCAGUCCUGAGCAUGCAGUGCUGGAGACCCCUAGCACCCAGAGUCAGGACGGCUCGCCUGAGCUGCUGAUUCGAUCCCUGGUGGGCGGCCCGUCUGCAGAGCUGCUCCUGGAUUUGGAGCACGUACUGUGCCAUGAGGGCAGCCCCAGGGGUGCCGUGAGGCCCCUUCUCAAGCGCCUCCAACAGGAGACCCAGCCCUUCCUUCUGCUGCUGCGGACUCUGGAUGCCCCCGGGCCCAACAAAACUCUGCUGCUGACCGUGCUGAGGGUCAUGAGCCGCCUGCUAGAUUACCCUGAGGUGAUGGUCCUCCCCUGGCAUGAGGUCUUGGAGCCCUGCCUCAACUGCCUCAGUGGCCCCAGCAGCGACUCAGAGAUCGUGCAGGAGCUGACCUGCUUUCUGCAUCGCCUGGCCUCGAUGCAUAAGGACUACGCAGUGGUGCUGUGCUGCUUGGGAGCAAAAGAGGUCCUCUCCAAAGUCCGGGACAAGCACUCGGCUCAGCUGCUUCUGGGCUGUGAGCUUCGGGACCUGGUGACAGAGUGUGAGAAACACGCCCAGCUCUACAGCAACCUCACCUCCAGCAUCCUCGCCGGCUGCAUUCAGAUGGUGCUGGGCCAGAUCGAGGACCACAGACGAACCCACCAACCCAUCAAUAUUCCUUUCUUUGACGUGUUUCUCAGGCAUCUCUGCCAAGGCUCCAGUGUGGAGGUGAAGGAGGACAAGUGCUGGGAGAAGGUGGAGGUGUCCUCCAACCCGCACCGGGCCAGCAAGCUGACAGACCGCAACCCCAAGACCUACUGGGAGUCCAACGGCAGCUCUGGCUCCCACCACAUCACCUUGCACAUGCACCGUGGUGUUCUUGUCAGGCAGCUGACUCUGCUGGUGGCCAGUGAGGACUCCAGUUACAUGCCAGCCAGGGUGGUGGUGUUUGGGGGUGACAGUGCCAGCUGCAUCAACACUGAGCUCAACACGGUGAACGUGUUAUCCUCAGCCAGCCGGGUGACCCUCCUAGAGAACCUGACCCGCUUCUGGCCUGUCAUCCAGAUCCGCAUAAAGCGCUGCCAGCAGGGCGGCAUCGACACCCGGGUUCGAGGUGUGGAGGUCCUGGGCCCCAAGCCCACUUUCUGGCCCCUGUUCCGGGAACAGCUGUGUCGCCGCACGUACCUCUUCUACACGAUUCGGGCGCAGGCCUGGAGCCGGGACAUAGCGGAGGACCGCAGACGCCUCCUGCAGCUCUGCCCCAGACUGAACAGGGUUUUGCGCCAUGAGCAGAAUUUUGCUGACCGCUUCCUUCCUGAUGAUGAGGCCGCCCAAGCCCUGGGCAAGACCUGCUGGGAGGCCCUGGUCAGCCCACUGGUGCAGAACAUCACUUCACCUGAUGUGGAAGGUGUGAGCUCCCUGGGAUGGCUGCUGGAUCAGUAUUUAGAGCAAAGAGAGAGCUCACGGAACCCCCUCAGUCGAGCAGCCUCCUUUGCUUCUCGAGUUCGCCGUCUUUGCCACUUGCUGGUACAUGUAGAGCCUCCUCCUGGGCCAUCUCCCGAACCGUCCACACGGCCCUUCAGCAAGAGCAGUAAGGGUCGGGAUCGGAGCCCUGCACCUUCAUCGGUUCUUCUGAGCUGCACCCUGAGGAACAUAACCCAGUGCUGGCUGAGCGUGGUGCAGAAGCAGGUCAGCAGGUUCCUGGCUGCAGCCUGGAGGACCCCAGACUUCGUGCCCCGUUACUGUAAGCUCUAUGAGUACUUGCAGAGAGCAGGCUCUGAGCUGUUUGGGCCUCGGGCGGCCUUUACGCUGGCUCUGCGCAGCGGCUUCUCUGGCGCCUUGCUGCAGCAGUCCUUCCUCACUGCGGCUCACAUAAGUGAGCAGUUUGCCAGGCACAUUGACCAACAGAUCCAGGGUGGCCUGAUUGGCGGAGCCCCUGGAGUGGAAAUGCUGGGACAGCUUCAGCGGCACCUGGAACCCAUCAUGGUCCUUUCUGGUCUGGAGCUGGCUACUACUUUUGAGCAUUUCUACCAGCACUACAUGGCAGACCGGCUCCUGAGCCUGGGCUCCAGCUGGCUGGAGGGGGCCGUGUUGGAGCAGAUCGGCCUCUGCUUCCCCAACCGCCUCCCGCAGCUGAUGCUGCAGAGUCUGAGCACCUCAGAGGAGCUGCAGCGCCAGUUCCACCUCUACCAGCUCCAGCGGCUUGACAAGUUGCUCUUGGAGCAGGAGGACGAGGAGGAACAGGGCCUGGAGGAAGAGGAGGAGGAAGAGGAGGCUGAGAAAGAACUGUUUAUUGAAGAUCUGAGUCCAACAGUUUCCAUACUGGUCCUGUCACCUCGCUGCUGGCCUGUCUCCCCACUCUGCUACCUGUACCAUCCCAGAAAGUGCCUUCCCACAGAGUUCUGUGACGCCCUUGACCGCUUCUCCAACUUCUACAGUCAGAGUCAGAGCCAUCCAGUCCUGGACGUGGGGCCUCAUCGGCGACUGCAGUGGACGUGGCUGGGCCAGGCUGAGCUACAGUCUGGGGAGCAGACCCUGCAUGUGUCCACCGUGCAGAUGUGGCUGCUGCUGCACUUCAACCAGACGGAGGAGGUGUCAGUAGAGACCUUGCUGAAGGAGUCUGACCUCUCCCCAGAGCUACUGCUCCAGGCACUUCUGCCCCUCACCUCUGAGAAUGGCCCUCUGACCCUGCAUGAGGGUCAGGACCUGCUGCAUGGGGGUGUGCUGCGGCUUUGUGAGCCUGGACCCCAGCCUGAUGGGGAGGCCCUGUGGCUGAUACCACCCCAGAAGUACCUGAAUGUAGAGAAGGAUGAGGGCCGGACCCUGGAACAGAAGAGGAACCUCUUGAGCUGCCUUCUUGUCCGCAUUCUCAAAGCCCACGGGGAUAAGGGCCUCCACAUUGACCAACUGGUUUGUCUGGUUCUGGAGGCCUGGCACAAGGGCCCCAACCCCCCUGGGAGCCUGGGCCGAGCUGUGGCUGGGGGUGUGGCCUGCACCAGUUCAGAUGUCCUCUCCUGCAUCCUGCACCUCCUGGGCCAGGGCUACGUGGAGCGGCGUGAUGACCGGCCCCAGAUCCUGAUCUAUGCCGCUCCAGAGCCUGUGGGGCCCUGCCGGGGCCAGGCAGACAUCCCUUUCUGUGGCGGCCAGAGCACCAACACCUCCAGGCCGAGCCCAGAAGCUGUGGCUGCCUUGGCAUCUCUACAGCUGCCUGCAGGCCGCACCAUGAGCCCCCAGGAGGUGGAAGGGUUGAUGGAGCAGACAGUGCGGCAGGUGCAGGAGACACUGAAUUUAGAGCCAGAUGUGGCUCAGCACCUGCUAGCUCAUUCGCACUGGGGUGCCGAACAGCUGCUGCAGAACUACAGUGAUGACCCUGAGCCGCUGCUGCUGGCAGCCGGGCUGUGCGUGCCCCAGGCCCAGGCUGCCACGGUACGCCCUGACCUCUGCCCCGUCUGUGUCAGCCCCCUGCAGCCUGACGAUGACUUGCCUACUCUCUGCUGUAGCCACUACUGCUGUAAGUCUUGCUGGAACGAGUACCUGACAACACGCAUUGAGCAGAACCUCGUGCUGAAUUGCACCUGCCCCAUCACCGCCUGCCCCGCCCAGCCCACGGCAGCUUUCAUCCGUGCCAUCGUGUCCUCGCCCGAGGUCAUCUCCAAGUACGAGAAGGCGCUCCUGCGAGGCUACGUGGAGAGCUGCUCCAACCUGACCUGGUGCACCAACCCCCAGGGCUGCGACCGCGUCCUGUGCCGCCAGGGCCUGGGCUGCGGGACCACCUGCUCCAAGUGUGGCUGGGCCUCCUGCUUCAGCUGCAGCUUCCCUGAGGCACACUACCCGGCCAGCUGUGGCCACAUGUCUCAGUGGGUCGACGAUGGCGGCUACUACGACGGCAUGAGUGUGGAGGCCCAGAGCAAGCACCUGGCGAAGCUCAUCUCCAAGCGCUGCCCUAGCUGUCAGGCACCCAUUGAGAAGAACGAGGGGUGCCUGCACAUGACCUGUGCCAAAUGUAACCAUGGAUUCUGUUGGCGCUGCCUCAAGUCCUGGAAGCCAAAUCACAAAGACUACUACAACUGCUCUGCCAUGGUAAGCAAAGCAGCCCGCCAGGAGAAGCGGUUCCAGGACUACAACGAGAGGUGUGCGUUCCACCACCAGGCCCGGGAGUUUGCUGUGAACUUGCGGAACCGGGUAUCUGCCAUCCAUGAGGUGCCCCCACCCAGGUCCUUCACCUUCCUCAGUGAAGCCUGCCGGGGACUGGAGCAGGCCCGCAAGGUGCUGGCCUACGCCUGCGUGUACAGUUUCUACAGCCAGGACACUGAGCACAUGGACGUGGUGGAGCAGCAGACUGAGAGCCUGGAGCUGCACACCAACGCCCUGCAGAUCCUCCUGGAGGAGACCCUGCUGCGGUGCAGAGACCUGCCCUCCUCGCUGCGCCUCCUGCGGCCCGACUGCCUGAGCACGGGCUUGGAGCUGCUCCGGAGAAUCCAGGAGAGGCUGCUGGCCAUCCUGCGGCACUCCACCCAGGACUUCCGGGUCAGUCUUCAGAGUCCCUCAAUAGAGGCCCAGGAGGCAAAAGGCUCCAACGUUCCCGGCCAUGGCCACGAGCCCCAGGGCUCCUCGAGGCUGCAGAUGGAGGACGAGGAUGACGAGGAGGAGGAGGAGGA